AUGACUUCAGCCACGGCAGCAACCACCCUCUACAAGCCCGCUUUUACACGCCCGUCAGAAUGGUCUGCAUGGUACACUGCCCUGAAAAAGGUCGCCGGCGAUAGGGACCUCGGUGAACCCAUCGACAUCAACAACGACGACUGGCUCCCGCUCUCUAGGGUCACCUUCAGCACCUUCGAAGACUUCCUUGAUCGCCGCUACCCUCUCGACACACCCCGCACCGCCAAAGCAAAGCGCGACCUUGUCGACAACGCUACCCCUCAACAAAUGCAGUCCUGGCGGUCUUUUGAGGCACAACAACUGCGUGAGCACAAGGCAUUUGAGAAGCAGGAGACCCUGAUCCGAGAGAUCAAGGAAUGGAUUCGCUCUAGCACGGCCGCCACGUACGCUAACCUCGCUAAACCUCAAAAUACGGCCCUAAAGGACAUCGUCAGGAAGCUUCACACCCUGGUUUCGAUCUCUACAGGAGAAGAGGUUGAGAGAGCCCGGGAGGCCUACCGAUCAGUCCUCAGGAAGCCAGGGAAGUCUCUAUCACCCUCCAAGUGGCUGCUCCAAUGGCAGGAAGCCUACAGCGAGGCCGUCAGGCUGAACAUCGAUGAGAUCAAAGGCACCCUCGCCCUCAAGGACUUCUUCACAGCUGCAGGGACAUAUGACGCCAACUGGAAAGGCACCGUGAUGAUGGAGAUCGCGAAGGCAGAAAUAAAGGGCGUUGCACCCGAAGACCUGCCCUACUACGCCAACACGUUCAGACUCAUCAGCGAAAACCAGGCAGGAAAAGCCACUUCCAACAGCGCCUUUCCUACCUUCAACGGCAAGCCAGAGGCCGAUCGACCAACCUACACAUGCCCUUGUCGACCUGAUGCCGCCUUCCACAAACCGGAGAAGUGCUGGGCCUUGAAGGAAGUCAUCACGGGCAAGAAAGGCCGGCAUCACGUUCCAAAGAAAAGGCUCGACUACGCCCGUGAGGAGCUAAAGAAGCCUGAGUGGAAAGAGCUAGCCCAGAAGAUCAAGAAGGCCUCCGCAACCGAAGAGUGA